AUGGCGACUAUGAUCAAGGAAAAGCGGUCAGAAAAAAAGAAAACGAAAGACAAAUCAACACAUAAAAAUCUUAUAAAACACAAAUUGGAAGAAGAUGUAAAGUUAGCAGAGAAACAUGAAUCUACUUUAGAAGACAUUGAAUGUAGUGCUCAAAAAGAUACUACUGUUAAUUCAGAAUAUGAUACUGAAAAAAACCUAUCUGGUGAGGAAGAUUCUAGAUCAACUUCUCUUGAUAAAUAUAUUCAAGAACAAAAUCAAUCAAGGCACAAGCAAUCAGAAUUAGAAAUUAAGGAAGAUCCAGAUAAAACAAGCUAUACUAAGGUAAUUGACGGACAAUAUGAAAAAGUUGUAACAAAUGUUAAUGAAGUCAACAUUGAAAAUGAUAUUAGCCAAAUUGAAAUUGCUAAGGAAUCAAUCAAUAGUGCUAAUUCUUGUGAAAUAGAACACCAAGAUGCUCUUCCAUCAGCACCCAUCUUUGAAGAAGAAACAGUUACAUUUGUUACUUUACAAAAUGUGGAGCCAGAAAUAGUUAUUCCGGAACUUAAAACUAAAGUAGAAUGCAUGCCUUUAGAAGAGGCUGUUAGAAUUUUUGGAGGGAAAGAGAUCACUGAAGUAAGAACUAUUAGUGAAAAAGAAGAGGCCAUUGUGGAAGCUGGACCUGUUAGUGGACCAGAACAUCCCCUUGUAGAUUUAUUGUCAACAUUCAGAUCAUCCUUGAAUGCUGUUGACCGUAGCAGAACUACAAUAAGCAAAGGAUUUAUUGAAGAAGAAAAAUCUAGAUUGUUAUUAUGGAAAGUAGAGAAACGCAAAGUCUAUCUAUCAGAAAAAUGUCCCUGUGGUAAUACAGUCAGCUUGCAGGCUACUUUUGAUCAUGCCGAAUUGCUGAAGGAGAAGUUACCAGCUGCUCGCAUGCGAUUAGAGGCCCUGUCUCGUGAGGUGCAAGAUUCCUACUGCCAUCACCAACACACGGCCCUAUUAGCAUAUUGGCAGAUAGAAGAGUUGGUAUACGAAACUAUGCGAAGCAAUAAGGGUGAAAUUCGUGAAGCACUAUCGCUUAUCCUGCAAGCUCUACGGUUGAGCGACAGUACUUCGGAAGCGUAUUCGAGCGCACUACAACGCUGGGCGGUCGCGUUGUCUGCAUCGCUUCUUCACGGACAGGAUUUAAGACAGCUGAUCUUUCUCAUUCAGCAUCUAUUUAGACAAACGCGGUCAGUACAUUGGGCGGCGCAAGUUAUACGCGUACAAGUGACCGACCUCUGCUCAGCGGCGCGCAUCAUAGCCUUGCUCGAGCUGAUAUUGGCCAGGCCUGGCUUGGAGACUGCUGUAGAGUGCACUGAAGAUUUGGAGGAAGUGUGGGAGGAGGUGGGCAGGCACGGGGAGGGGAGUGCGGUGCGCGAGGGCCGGUUGCGGGAGCGGGACGCGCUCGCCUUGCUGAGGACCUUGCCUUUACGCCAGCUGUUGGCGAAGCUAGUGCUCUUCACCAGAUCCGAUAUAAGGAGUACUCAAGAGCAGGAGUGGGGUGACACAUCUGGCGGGCACGGCGUGGUAAAGGCGGCAUGCGGGGUGCGCGCGCUCGUAGACGUGUUGCGGCGCGCGGCGUGUGCGCAUGCUCAGUACGCGCGGCUGCAGCGCGCGCUGCGGGCUCUCGCGGCCGCAGCGCUACGGGCGCUCGCUGCGCUGCACCUGCACUCCAGAGUAUACUAUUAUCGAGACCUUCAAGAAAAUGUGCUUGCGGAAUUGGAAGCUUGCUUCACAGCUGGCCUGACGUUGCUCGAUGCAGCUGACCUGCAUAAGUUGCCGGCAACACUUCUUAGCAGCGACGCCGCUAGAGACUACUGCCUCGGCCUAAUGUUGGGGAUACAUGAAAAAAGACCGCAUCACAUCAGUUCGUUACGCGCUGAACUUCCGGCGUUGGACUGCGACACGUGCGUCGGCAUCCUCGUACAAGCAGCGCUCGAUCGUACGGACGAUCACGAACUUGCGCGGAUGCUACUCGACUUCUUGUGUCAGACUGCCAUGAAACCUAAGCCGGCAGCGUGUAAAAACUCUUGUGAGUUGAAGGCUCGCGAAGGCUUGCCGCGACUAUUGGCUGUACAUCCAUACCUUCACACCACCAGCUUCCAUAUGCUGGCAGAUUUGAACCAAGCGGAACCAGUGGACCCGGCGUCAGUAAGCUAUCUGUCGGUGGAAGAGUGGCGUCCAACCGCUCGCGAGAUGUUGGCAGUUCUGGAAGACUGGUCCCAACGGUGCCCACAAUUUAUUGAGCAUUUGUUGCUACAGCUGGACUACACCCCGUAUGAAGGUUUGUCGCUGGAGACGCAGCUGAGCGUGGGCGCGUGGUUGUGCGGUCACGUACGCACGCGGUACGCAGGCGUGGCGCCUGAGUGGGCGUGGUGCGUGCUGCGCCGCCUGCGCACGCACCGCACCUACUGGCGGCUGCCGCUGGACGCCCCUCCACCUGAUAACGAACCGGACGAUCUGUUCUCGACCACUUUCGCAUUGCUAUCUACGAGCUGGGGGCAUUCUGUGCCGCUGAUUUGUUCAGAGGGCGCCCGUGCGCUGAAGCUGGUGGCGCGGGCGCGAGCGUGGGAGGCGGCGCGGUGCGCGCGCCUCGCCAUGCGCGUGCUGCGCCACUCGCCCGAGUCUAUCGCACUCACGCCAGAGUUCACAGAAGUGUUCAAUGUACUGCUGGCGGCGGGUCCGUCUCUGGUGUCCCGGGCGCUGGGCCGCGGGGGACCAUCUGGUGCUGAGCUGCUGCAGCAAGAGCUGUUAAACGAACUGAACAGCUCGCAAUACGAGAGCGGGGCUAUAAGUCCAUGGCUGCGAGGUUUGUGGGCGCCCUUUUUGGGCAGCUCAGCGCGAGCCAUUUUGGAUGUGGCCUUAAGGGCUGCCAGGGAUUGGCCCGCACUCGACUCUACCGUCGCAGUAAUGCUACAGGACGAGAACCGCAACGAAUACAUAUCGGACGCGGUGCGGUGUGUGCACGUGGCGCCGUUGCUUUGCGAAGCUGUGCUGCGCGGUGCGCAUGCGCACUGCGAGGCGCGCACGCCGCUCUGGACGCGCCUGCUGCACGCGCUCGCGCACCAGCGCCAGCUGGCGCAGCGCACGCACGUCGACAACGCGCUCAAGCAAAUUGGUGUCACAAUGAGUGCAGAGGAUCUGGUGAUAUAUCGUGUGGCGACAGCGGUCCUGUCAGCGCCUUGGCAGAAUCCCGCACAUCUCACACUUUGGAGAUUAUUUUUUCAUCUUUACCUCCAGAGACCGCAGUCCAGUCCGCAGGACUCAACGCCACCUAUCGGUCCAUUAUUCUUCAGUGGCAUUAUAAAAUCGCGCACUUUAUCACAAGUCAAGAAGCGCCUACAAGAGACCAUCACCUACCAUCAUAGUCAAGCGGAACGGCUAAAAUCUCAAAUCAACGCCAACGUUCAAACCCACAAGAAUCCUACAUCGAGUAAAAUUAGCACAACCAAAACAACGAUUGACAGUAAUAUGUUUCCAGCAAUAUCGAUAAUCGAUUUGGCUGGAGAAUCGAGUUCUAGCGAAACUGAAACCGAUGAAGAGACGUCAGAUGAAGAGAAAGAAGGAGUAAGAGUUAAGAAAGAAGAAGAAAUAAAUAAGAAGACCACAGGAAAUUCACGAGAGACGCUCCAUCUAUUAAAUUAUCACGUUGCAGCAGAAAAAUUGGUUCGUGAGUACGCUCGUUGGUUGGAGGAGGGGGAUAAAGUACGAGCAGUUCCUCACCACGCUGAUAUCGCAAGGUUCAUUUCCGAACAGGGUUUGGACGCGGCGUGGAAAAGUUCCCUGCCGAGUUGCUCCAACGAGAGCUUGCCCACACAGCCCCGGGCGCCUCGGAAGCCGCCGCCUCUUCCCUUACAGAUGGCUAUUGACAACCUACUUGAAGUAAAUGAUCGCUCGUCUACUAGACCCCGUGUACCCAAUAUCAAACCUGUGCUGGACGGUGACAACAACCUAGCAGAUGCUCGCGUCAUUUACAGCCUCGUUGAUAGAUAUUUGAAAGACAUCGAAGCACUUGCAAAAGAAUGGGCUAGUGACGUGGAGCGGUUGUGCAAGUUAGACAGCAAGGUGUGGGAAUUAGUGGCGGCUUUACGAGUGAGGCGUCCCUUACCACCCUGCCUGAAGAAAUGUGAGAACAAUUGCAAGCCGCUCACCUUCGUCAUACAGAAGGACGAGUGGGUUAUAUCGACAGGAGCUGAACAAGGGAUACAAGAGAACAGGCGCAGUGCCUUGGCAGUGCUGCGUAGAGUGGCCCGGCCUCGACCGCACGCCGCACGCCUCGCAGCUGCUUUGCAUACUCUUGCCAGGAACGUGCGCAGCGGCGAGGUGGCGGAGCGUGUUGCGGAGCGUGCGGCGGGCGGCGUGACGGCGUCCGCACGCUGCCCGCUCGCCCACAGCCUCCUGCACUCGCUCGUUUCCUAUCUCGCCGAACGGUGGCUGUGCGGCGAGGCGUCGCGCUGCGUGCGGCUGGUGGCACGGUGGGGCGGCCGUGGCGGUGCCGCGCUGUGCGGCGUGCUGGUGGCGCCGCGCCGCCUGCCGCCCGCGCACCACCCGCAGCUGUACCGUGCGCUACUGCACGCGCAAUUGCCACCGCACGCCGCCUUCAGCUGCCUCUCUAGGUUUGAAAUAGGUUCGUGGACAGAAAAAGUUAAUUCUACACAGAGAGAGGAAAUGCUGGAUAUACUAAUAGAAGCAGCUCAGCGAUGGGGACCAAAUCCCGACCCCGAAUACCAUAUUUUAUUAGAGUUGGUAGGUGUUCACCUCGAGGCGGUGUGCGGGCAGCAGGAAAUAUGUGGUUUGCUGGUGCGGUGCUCAAGGGCUUGUGCGUGCGGCUCGCUGCCGUCCGCAGUGUGCACGCACCUCAACAACGCAGCGCGCAAGCACGCGCACGCACUCAACUCCAACCAGUUGGGAAAUUUACUAAGGGAGCUGGGCGUCAUCUGGUGGGAGACUCGAACGGCUGCCAAGGCGGAGAGUCAUACGUACGAACCGUACGCACCUCACGUGGCUGAGCUGCUGGGUAUCUUGCAGCGCGCCUUCGUGGCAGCUACCCGCACGCUGGGGCACGACGUCGAGAAGCUGUCAUGGUUCGCGUGGUGCGCCCUGCGGGAGGCGUGGGCUGCGUGGGUGCAGGCGGGCGACGCGACGCCGCUGCUGAGCGUCAUGGACUCCGACGCGCACGCGCACCUGCUCGAACGCUUCCUUCACACUCUGCGUUUCACAAUAGAGGACUGUCCAGGAAGCGAAGAAUACAUCCUGCGGUACGUUUGGGAGUGGGCAGUCCACACAUACCUCGGCGUGUCCACGUCGCGUGCGUCGCAAGAGAGCCGCGUACAAGUGUCGGCACUGCUGGGCACGCUGAGCGCUCUGGACUGGCCGCGGCAGCAGUGGGUGCACGCCGGCUGCCUGCCGCUCGCCCUGCAGGUGAGCCGGAGCGAGGACAAGGAGCUGACGAGCUGGUGCUGCAGCACGUGGCGCGGCACGGCGGCGACCGCGUGGCUGCGCGGGCUUGCCGACCAGCAGCUGGCGCCGCAGCUCGCCGCGCUGCUCGCGCUCCUGUGCUCCCCGCACCUGCAGCACUCGCAGCAGACUCUAGAAGAAGCGACGCACUUACCUUGGUGGCGACUGCCUGAGACAGCAUUGGAUACUGCCAUGGAGCAGUUCUUCAUCGAUCACCAUAACCCUGCGCUUCCAUACCACGAGGUUCCACAGUUCAGGGUGAUAUUGGCUGCGAGCCAGCUGGCGGGGGGCAGGGAGGCACGGGGUGCGCGGGCGCGGCGGCUGCGCGGCGUGGCGCAGUGCGUGCGUGCGAGCUCCGCGCCCGCGCUCGCAGCGCACGUGCGCGCGCACACCGCCUUCCUGCUGCGAACGCUCGCCGAACUCGCACCUCAAAUAGAAAACUCGGAGGGCGAGAUGGAAGAAUUACUUAGCAGAGCGAUCGUCAUCAUGUGUAUAGAACCGGCAGCUGAGAAGGCCUUGCCCGUGUGGGAGCAGUGGAUCCAGCAGAGCACUCCUCGGCUGCGGCUGGCGUGUGCCUCGGCGGUGGCUUCACUCACGGCACUCGACUACUUCUGUGCGCUCGCUGACUGCGUUGCGCGUGCGCACAUAGCACAGCCAGAGACUGAGGGGUGGGGGGCGCUGCGUGCGCGCUGGCGCGCAUGUGCGUGGGACAGUGACGUGGCCAGCGGAGCAGCGGCCGCGCGCCGCCGCGCGCACGCCGCCUACGCGCUGCUCGCGCACGCGCACGCACCCGUGCUGCGCGCACUCGCCGACACGCUCCUCACCAGUGGCGAUGACGAGCCCAUCACAGCAGUAUGGGUGUGUGUAGCAUGUCGGCUGGCCCGGGAGAGUGAGGGGGAGAGCGGUGAAGCAGGGCGUAGUUUGCUGUCGAGCGGGGCGGUGGAGCCUCGGCGCUCGCUGCUGCACGUCGUGUCGCUGCAGCAGCGCGCCGCACCCAACGCCCGCAUCCGCCUUCUCUGUCGCUUCGCUCAGUGCAUCUUGAACCCAGAGUCGGAGAGCUUAGUCCGUGCGUACGAAGCAACUUGCGCAGCGGUACUCGGUUCGAACGAUGCCGACGUGAUGGCGUGGGGCAAAGCGCCCAGUGCGAAACUCCUCCCACGUCUCGCUCUAAGGCUAUUUCCAGGGAAGGAGGCAUACUUUAAAGAAGAACUAGAUAUGGUGCCGGAAGACGCCUCAUGUUGCUCAAAAUAA